AUGGGUCGUGGCUUUAAUUUUCGACUCUUGUAUCGAGUCGUUUUCUUUUCCUUCUGUCUGAUUUUCGUCUGUUUUUAUCAUGGUGGUGGUUCAGAGUAUGACAGGCGAGAAGAUAAAACAGAACUGAAUAAAUUAAAAGAUGAAUUCAAAGGUAAACCCGUGAAUGUUGAUAUUUCUCUCGAACAAGACGAACGCGUCUCUAACUUGACAGAAAAUUCGAAACAAAUUGAUGGCCGCAAGUCGCGGAAGAAAACUCAUCUUUCAAAGAUGGUUAGAAAAGGUAAAUUUUGAAAAUGUGAGAAUGUUCGCACUUCGGAAACGGCAAAUAUAUUAACCAUAAUUAAUUUUUAGGAACUGCGAUGAAACUACUCAAAAGUGAUAGAAUACAGAAGAGCCCAGAACCGUCUUCUUCAAUUCCUUCGCCGUCUGAGGUAAAAGUUCCAAGCAAAGAAUCGACAACCAUCUCCCACUCAAGUGAGACAAAAUGGCAAAUUAAUUGCGGCAUAAAAAGCAUAUCGUCAUUGGAAAAUCAAAUUUUUUACCAAAAUGACUCAAGAGAAGCAGCCAAAAGAGAAAAGUUCGCUUCACUCACAACUCAACAUCUCCGGAACAGACGUGAAAUUGAUUCGAAAUCUGAGUAUACCCUGGAAGAUCUAUUAAUGUGCAACAAUUCAAUCAUCAAUAUAACAUACGAUGAUGAAUACAAAGUUCGAACCGACUUUUCAAUACUCUAUAAGAACAAGGUGUACGAUUAUACUGAGUAUCGAGUUCAGAAUGAUAGCAUAAAGAUUUGUAACUCCACUGAUAACUACGUAAGGAAUAUUUGGAAAGUACGCAAUAAAUGGGUAAAGGCGAAAAUACAUCAAAAACGUUGCAAGAAACCCAUUAGAGAGUCUUCGUUGUACCGAAAGUAUUACACUGUGAAUAAGCAGUUCACUGUCUAUUCGGCAGCUGAAAGUCAAUACUUUACAAGAACUGAGUAUGUAGUGGAAAACGGUAAACCCUAUAUAUGCGAUGAAAAGUUUAGACCCGAAUCAACAGAGUAUACCCAGGAAGAUCUAUUAAUAAUGUGCAACGAUUCAAUCAUCAAUAUAAAAUACGAUGAUGAAUACAAAGUUCGGACUGACUUUUCAAUACCUUAUAAGAACAAGGUGUACGAUUAUACUGAGUAUCGAGUUCUGAAUGAUAGCAUAACAAUUUGUAACUCCUCUGAUAAUUACGUACGGAAUAUUUGGAAAGUACGCAAUAAAUGGGUAAAGGCGAAAAUACAUCAAAAACGUUGCAAGAAACCCAUUAGAGAGUCCUCGUUGUACCGAAAGUAUUACACUGUGAAUAAGCAGUUCACCGUCUAUUCGGCAGCAGAAGGUCAAUAUUUCACAAGAAAGGAGUAUGGAGUAGAAGACAGUAAACCUUAUAUAUGCAAAGAAAAGUUGAGGCCCGAAUCAACAGACUAUACCAAGGAAGAUCUAUUAAUGUGCAACGAUUCAAUCAUCAAUAUAAAAUACGAUGAUGAAUACAAAGUCCAGACGGACUUUUCAAUAAUCUAUAAGAACAAGGUGUACGAUUAUACAGAGUAUCGAGUUCAGAAUGAUAACAUAAAAAUUUGUAACACCUCUGAUAACUACGUACGGAAUAUUUGGAAAGUACGCAAUAAAUGGGUAAAGGCGAAAUUACAUCAAAAACGUUGCAAGAAACCCAUUAGAGAGUCUUCGUUGUACCGAAAGUAUUACACUGUGAAUAAGCAGUUCACUGUCUAUUCGGCAGCUGAAAGUCAAUACUUUACAAAAACUGAGUAUGUAGUGGAAAACGGUAAACCCUAUAUAUGCGAUGAAAAGUUUAGACCCGAAUCAACAGAGUAUACCCAGGAAGAUCUAUUAAUAAUGUGCAACGAUUCAAUCAUCAAUAUAAAAUACGAUGAUGAAUACAAAGUUCGGACUGACUUCUCAAUACUCUAUAGGAACAAGGUGUACAAUUACACUGAGUAUCGAGUUCUGAAUGAUAGCAUACAUAUUUGUAACUCCACUGAUAACUACGUAAGGAAUAUUUGGAAAGUACGCAAUAAAUGGGUAAAGUUGACAAUGCAUGAAAAAAGUUGCAAUAAACCCAUUAGAACCUCUUGGUGGUUCCGAAAGUAUUACACUGUGAAUAAGCAGUUCACUGUCUAUCUCGCAGGUAGGAGUCAAUAUUUCACAAGAAAUGACUAUGGGGUUCAAGACGGUAAACCUUAUAUAUGCGAUGAAAAGUUUAGACUCGAAUCAACAGAGUAUACCCAGGAAGAUCUAUUAAUGUGCAACGAUUCAAUCAUCAAUAUAAAAUACGAUGAUGAAUACAAAGUUCGGACUGACUUUUCAAUACUCUAUAAGAACAAGUUGUACAAUUAUAGUAAGUAUCGAGUUCUGAAUAAUAGCAUAAAGAUUUGUAACUCCACUGAUAACUACGUAAGGAAUAUUUGGAAAGUACGUAAUAAAUGGGUAAAGUUAACAAUGCAUGAAAAAAGUUGCAAUAAACCCAUUAGAACCUUUUGGUUUUACCGAAAGUAUUACACUGUGAAUAAGCAGUUCACUGUCUAUCUCGCACUUAGGAGUCAAUAUUUCACAAGAAACGACUAUGGGGUCCAAGACGGUAAACCUUAUAUAUGCAUAGAAAAGUUCAAACCCAUUUCAACCGACUAUACCAAGGAAGAUCUAUUAAUGUGCAACGAUUCAAUCAUCAGUAUAAAAUACGAUGACGAAUACAAAGUUCGAACUGACUUUUCAAUACUCUAUAAGAACAAGGUGUACGAUUAUACUGAGUAUCGAGUUCUGAAUGAUAGCAUAAAGAUUUGUAACUCCACUGAAAACUACGUAAGGAACAUUUGGAAAGUACGCAAUAAGUGGGUAAAGAUGACAAUUCAUGAAAAAAGUUGCAAUAAACCCAUCAUAACCUUCUCGUUUAACCGAGCGUAUUACACUGUGAAUAAGCAGUUCACUGUCUAUUCCGGAGGUGAUGGUCACUAUUUUACGAGAAAUGACUAUUGGGUGGAAGAUGGUAAACUUACAAUAUGCAACGAAAACAACAGACCCGCAUCAACAGAGUAUACCCAGGAAGAUCUAUUAAUGUGCAACAAUUCAAUCAUCAGUAUAAAAUACGGUGAUGAAUACAAAGUUCGGACUGACUUUUCAAUACUCUAUAAGAACAAGAUGUACAAUUAUACUGAGUAUCGAGUUCUGAAUGAUAGCGUAAAGAUUUGUAACUCCACUGAUAACUACGUAAGGAAUAUUUGGAAAGUACGCAAUAAGUGGGUAAAGGGGAUAAUGCGUGAAAAAAGUUGCAAUAAACCCCUUAGAACCUUUUGGUUUUACCGAAACUAUUAUACUGUGAAUAAGCAGUUCACUGUCUAUCUCGCACUUAGGAGUCAAUAUUUCACAAGAAACAACUAUGUGGUUCGAGACGGUAAACCUUAUAUAUGCACAGAAAUGAUCAAACCCAUAUCAAACGAGUAUACCCAGGAAGAUAUAUUAAUGUGCAACGAUUCAAUCAUCAAUAUAAAAUGCGAUGAUGAAUACAAAGUUCGAACUGACUUUUCCAUACUGUAUAAGAACAAGGUGUACAAUUAUACUGAGUAUCGAGUUCUGAAUGAUGGCAUAAAGAUUUGUAAUUCCACUGAUAAUUACGUACUGAAUAUUUGGAAAGUUCGCAAUAAUUGGGUAAAGGAGACAAUGCGUGAAAAAAGUUGCAACAAAUCCAAAUUCUUUUUGAUUUCUCGAGAGAAUUACGCUGUGAAUGAGCAGUUCACUGUCUAUUUGGGAGGUCGUGGUCAAUUUUUCACAAGAAAUGACUAUACGGUGAAAGACGGCAAACCUUAUAUAUGCGAAGAAAAGUUAAGAUCCACAUCAACUGAGUAUACCCAGGAAGAUCUAUUAAUGUGCAACGAUUCAACCAUCAAUAUAAAAUACGAUGAUGAAUACAAAGUUCGGACUGACUUUUCAAUACUCUAUAAGAACAAGGUGUACGAUUAUACUGAGUAUCGAGUUAUGAAUGAUAGCGUAAAGAUCUGCAACUCCACUCAAAACGAUGUACGGAAUAUUUGGAAAGUACGCAAUAAAUGGCUAAACGCAAGAUUGCAUUAUAUAAGUUGCAAUAGAGCCUUUGGAACCUCUUGGUUCAUCCGAAAGUAUUACACUGUGAAUAAGCAGUUCACUGUCUAUUCGGGAGGUAAUGAUCAAUAUUUCACAAGAAAUGAGUAUGGGGUGGAAGACGGUAAACUUAAAAUAUGCAAAGAAAAGUUAAGACCCGCAACAAGUCAGUAUACCCAGGAAGAUCUAUUAAUGUGCAACGAUUCAAUCAUCAAUAUAAAAUACGAUGAUGAGUACAAAGUUCGGACUAACUUUUCAAUACUCUAUAAGAACAAGGUGUACGAGCAUACUGAGUAUCGAGUUAUGAAUGAUAGCAUAAAGAUUUGCAACUCCACAGAUAACUACGUACGGAAUAAUUGGAAAGUACGCAAUAAAUGGGUAAAAAAGACAAUUCAUCAAAGAAGUUGCAAUAAACCCAUUAGAGAGUAUUGGUUGUACGAAAAGUAUUACACUGUGAAUAAGCAGUUCACUGUGUAUUUGGGAGGUAAUGGCCAAUAUUUCACAAGAAAUGAGUAUGGAGUGGAGGACGGCAAACUUACAAUAUGCAACGAAAACUACAGACCCAUAUCAACAGAGUAUACCAAGGAAGAUCUAUUAAUGUGCAACAAUUCAAUCAUCAAUAUAAAAUACGAUGAUGAAUACAAAGUUCGGACGGACUUUUCAAUACUCUAUAAGAACGAGGUGUAUGAUUAUACUGAGUAUCGAGUUCUGAAAGAUAGCAUAAAAAUUUGUAACUCCACUGAUAACUACGUACGGAAUAUUUGGAAAGUACGCAAUAAAUGGGUGAAGGCGAAAAUACAUCAAAAAAGUUGUAAUGAACCCAUUAGAGAGUCUUGGUUGCAUCGAAGGUAUUACACUGUGAAUAAGCAGUUGACUGUCUAUUUGGGACGUCGUGGUCAAUAUUUCACAAGAAAUGAGUAUGGAGUGGAAGACGGUAAACCUUAUAUAUGCCAAGAAAAGUUGAGACCCGAAUCAACAGAGUAUACCGAGGAAGAUCUAGUAAUGUGCAACGAUUCAAUCAUCAAUAUAAAAUACGAUGAUGAAUACAAAGUUCGGACUGACUUUUCAAUACUCUAUAGGAACAAUAAGGUGUACGAUUAUACUGAAUAUCGAGUUCUGAAUGAUAGCAUAAAGAUUUGUAACUCCACUGAUAACUACGUAAGGAAUAUUUGGAAACUACGUAAUUACUUGCUAAAGGCGACAAUAUAUGAAAAAAGUUGCAAUAAACCCAUUACAUACAUUGAAUUCGACCGAUGGGAAUACACUGUGUUUAAGAAUUUUGGAAUUCUGAUUUCAGCUGCAAACAAGCUGAUACCAAAGUACGAUUAUGCUGUGUUUGAAGGUCAACUUAUAACAUGUGUGACCGAAUGCGCCAAUUUUACCUUCACUAUAAAUUAUGAAGAUGAAUACAGAGUAUGGAACAACUUCUCAAUGAUGUACCAAGGUCGAAUGUACUCUUAUGAUGAGUACAGAAUAACGGACGAUGGACUACAAGUUUGUAAUUCUUCUGACCGUGUCAUUAAAGAAAAGUGGCGGAAUUUCAUUGUUUCAGAAAAGAUAACGUUAGCUUUCAAACAUUGUAAUGUAUCUGUGGACGGUUUUUACUCCGAAAAUUACACAUUAGAUACAAACUUUACUGUUCUCUUCAAACCUACCAAUCAAAAUUUCACCAGGCAAGAUUAUGGAGUGAUUUUGGGGUAUUUUGCAAUUUGUUCAAGAAAGCUCAGAUUGUCCUGCAAUGAUGAUUUGGUCAAAGUAAAGUACGGUAAUCAAUACAAUGUUUUUAAAAACCUUUCGCUGGUUUACCACAAGAUGUACGAUUAUCGCGAAUAUCGAUUAAACCACGACAGCCUUGAAAUGUGUGCUUCCAAUGAUUCAAGAGUCCAAGCGAUUUGGAGAACGCGAAAUUCGUGGCAAAAGUCAUUACCCGCAUCCUGUUAUCGUUCUUAUAAAUUAAAUGCAAGAUAUUACACUGUGACAAAGCAGUUUGCUGUGUAUUCGGCAGAUAACGGUCAAUAUUUCAAAAGAAAUGACUAUGCGCUGAUAGAUGGUAAACCUUAUGUAUGCGGCAAAGAGAACUUAAGACUAAUUUACGUAAUUACAAACUUUAAGAUUAUUAUAGCACCAUUAUGUGCUUUAGCGCUUUCUAUUAUUUCUUUGCUAUUGUUGUUGAUAGUUUACUGCAUGCUUCCAGAACUGCGCACACUUCCUGGUUUGAAUUUAAUGAGUUUUAGCUUCGCCUUGCUGUUGUGGCAAACUUACCUUGUAGUAUUUUUGUCACUGUAUUCUCAUGUAGGUAAACUGUUUGAGAUACCGUGUGCUAGGCUGUUUGUGGCAAAUAAGUUUAUGACGUAUAGCAUAAUUAUGAAUGCUGCGGUUAAUAUACACCACUUAAGGAAAACAUUUUGUGGGAAUACUCUAGUGAAAUCUGAUGAACUGAAGAAGUGGAACAGGUUUUUGAAGUAUAGUUUCUUUAGCUGGGGAGUUCCCGUCAUUAUAACGAUUGUUUACAUUGUACUAGUAAAGGAAGAUGUUCUAAGGUUUGAUCAAGCUAUUGCGUCUGUGAAGAACGAUGUUCAGUCAAGCUCAAAGUUUUAUCAACGCAUUGUAUUUGCGAAUCGAGAUACGACGGCAAAUAAUAUAAGAAUUUAUCACCGUAUUGCAUCAUUGAAGGGAGAUGUUCUGCAGUCAAAGUGGAGGUCAAAUCAAAGCACUGACACUGUACUUGAAGAUGCCCAGACAAGGUUAAAUCAAAGCACUGUACUUAGGAAGGAAGAUGCGACGGAAGAUGAUGCAAGGAUUUAUCAACCUAUUAUAUCUUUGAAGGAAGAUGUUCAGUCAAGCUUAAAGUUUUAUGAACGCAUUGUAUUUGCGAAUGGAGAUGGGAAGGAAGAUGAUGCAAGGAUUUAUCAACAGAUCUCUGGAGAUUGUAUCAAUGGUCGAAUUACUCCCGAUUGGUCAGCUGAUGUUGAUGUAUAUGGCCUUCAAGGUUGUCUUUUGUUGUACAUUAUUGGAAUGUUCAUCCUCACUGCUUAUCGAAUUCGCCAAAAACUCCAGGCAAGCAGGAACAUUGCACAGAAAUCGAAUAUUGUUAAGCGUCGCAAAUUUGUCAUAUUGCCCAAGCUGUCAACCACUACAGCCUUAAGUUAUUGGUUUCCUCUCUUCAUAUCUAGAAACGUGGAUUUUGAUUUCGACAUAAAGAUAGCGUUGUAUACUGUAACGUUGCUUACUGGUGCCUACAUUGGUAUUGCGUUUGUCUUCACACGAAGAAAUUAUCAGUUGCUCAAGAAAAAAUAUUUCCCGGCAAAGAAUAAGCCGCCAGUUAACGAAAUUCCGCUGAUAUAG